AUGAUAUCCCUAAGGGGCUUAUUGAUACUAGUUAGUAUACCGAUCAAAUUGACUCUUCUUGCUAUUAGGUACCCAUUUGUUGACGGGAUCAAUGAAAAGGUCCAAAAUAGCCUAACCAAUUCAUUGAAAGUGCAAUUCGUCCGACUUGCGCUAUCCUUGUCAGUGAAAGAUGCUGCUGAAGUUGGCGUAAUGAAGAACUGCUUCAUCAUUAAUCGAUUUUUAAAAUUUUUGUACCCUGGAUUAACUAAGUUGAACAAUUAUGGAAAGAGAUAUGAUAAGCAAAGUAUUUGGCUCGUUGAAGCUAAAAACAGGUCCAAAUCUGAUCCAAUCAUCAUCUAUUGUCAUGGAGGUGGCUACAUUUUUGAAACGCAACCAACGCAAAUUGAAGCAGUAUUGAGCUUUUACCAUUUGCUUGACAAUGAAAGGAAACAGAAAACUUCAAUAUUGGUACAAGAAUAUGGGUUGGCGGGUAAAGGAAAUUUCAUAGGUUCGCAAUUAUACGAGGUGGUUGCUACAUAUAAUAAAUUGGCUUCAGAAGGUAAUGACAAUAUUGUAUUGAUGGGUGAUUCUGCCGGUGGUAAUUUGGUAAUUGCGUUACUACAAUACUUGAAACAACAAAAGAACCCAAAAUUGCCAUGGCCAAAGUCUGCAGUUUUGAUUAGUCCUUGGGUCAAAAUUGUUCCCGAUGUGUAUCAGAUGGCUCCAGGACACUCGUACUAUGAGAAUGAAAAACGCGAUAUAUUGAAUGGGCGAUUUGCCGGAAACAAAGGACGAAUGAAGGCAAUGUUUGGAGUAAAUGAUUACAAAAGUCUAUUAGUAUCUCCCGGUAAUUUGCCAUACAAAGCUGACGACUGGAGCGACAUUCCUACAUUGAACAAUAAGGGAUUUUCAACAUUUGUUCUUGUUGGUGAACACGAGGUCUUUCGUGAUGAUAUACUAGAAUGGGCUAAACAUGCGAUUCAAUCAACAUUGGUGCCACAACCCGAUUCAAAUGGGGUAUUUGAUGCCAGAGUGCACGAGUACAAGAGUGAUGGUCAGGAUAAAGCUUACAUUGAUAUUGUUGUCGAGCCCUGGGGUAUUCACGAUGCUGUCGUUUUAUUUGAGAAUAACAUAAUUAGAAAAUUGAGGAAAGCACCAUUUUUGAAGGUAGAAAAUCUAGAUAAAGUAGAGUACUUUGGGGUCGUAAAGAUUGUUGAGUUUUUAAACAGGACUUUGAUUGUUGGUGAGGAAACAGAAAACCUCGUAAGACCAGUGCACACGGUAAUGAAAAGCUCGCCGGUGAGUGCAUGA